AUGCAUGUAGUCAUCAGUUCUCAUUCUGCUUUCAAGAUGAAAGUUCUGGUGCUAAUAUUCUCAGUACUAACGUACACUAGAGCUACUUAUUAUAUAUAUCAAGAUCCAUGGUACGGACCAUGGAGUAGUAGUGGAGGAUGGGUUGAUCUCGCUUUGUUAGGCAAACCACUUGCAUUAAAGUCCCUUGGAGGUGGAAUUGGUAAAGGUGGCGGAGGAGGAGGAGGUGGUGGAGGAGGAAAAGGAUCUGGUGGACUGGAUUAUUUAAAACUUCUAAGUAAAGCAGGAGGAUUGAAAGGAGGUGGAGGUAAAGGUGGAGGUGGUGGAGGAAAAGGAUUGGGUAGUUUCGGAGGAAUUGAAGCACUGAAAUUACUUGGAGGAGCAGAAGCCCUUAAAGGUUUUGGUGGUGGAGGUGGAGGAAAAGGCGGAUUCGGCGGACUUGAAGGACUUAAAUUACUUGGAGGAGCAGAAGCUCUUAAAAGUUUAGGUGGUGGUGGAGGUGGAGGUGGAGGAAAAGGAGGAUUUGGAGUUUUGGUGGGUGGAGGAAAAGGAGGAUUUGGAGGUCUUGAAGGACUUAAAUUACUUGGAGGAGCAGAAGCUCUUAAAAGUUUUGGUGGUGGCGGAGGAGGAGGUGGAGGAAAGGGAGGAUUUGGAGGUCUUGAAGGCUUAAAGUUACUUGGAGGAGCAGAGGCUCUUAAAAGUUUAGGUGGUGGUGGAGGAGGCGGUAAAGGAGGAUUUGGAGGUCUUGAAGGAUUGAAAUUACUUGGAGGAGCAGAAGCUCUUAAAAGUUUUGGUGGUGGUGGUGGUGGUGGAGGAGGAGGCGGAAAAGGAGGAUUUGGAGGUCUUGAAGGAUUAAAAUUACUUGGAGGAGCAGAAGCUCUUAAAAGUUUAGGUGGCGGUGGAGGAGGCGGAGGCGGAAAAGGCGGAUUUGGAGGUCUUGAAGGAUUGAAAUUACUUGGAGGAGCAGAAGCUCUUAAAAGUUUUGGCGGUGGCGGAGGAGGCGGCGGCGGAAAAGGCGGAUUCGGCGGACUUGAAGGACUAAAAUUACUUGGAGGAGCAGAAGCGCUUAAAAGUUUCGGAGGUGGUGGAGGAGGCGGAGGCGGAAAAGGAGGAUUUGGUGGACUGGAAGGUUUGAAAUUACUUGGAGGAGCAGAAGCCCUUAAAAGUUUAGGCGGGUUAGGAGGAAAAGGCAAAAGUGAGAUUGAAGAGUUAAAAUUAUUGGGGGGAAUAGAAUCUUUAAAGGGUUUGGGUAGUUUAUUAGGAGGAGGUGGAUCUAAAGGAGGUGGAGGUGGAGGUGGAGGCAAGGGUGGAAGCGGAGGUUUUGGUGGACUCAAAGGUCUAAAACUGUUAGAAGGCGCUAAAGCAGCGAAAAGUUUUGGCGGAGGCGGUGGCGGAGGAUUUGGAGGAAUUGAAUCUUGGAAACUCCUAGGCAGUGGCGGUGGUCUAGGAGGAGGUUGGAAAUGGUGA